GGCAACUUUUCUUGAUUCUGGGAAGAAAUCUUCCUCGUUUUGUGUGGUGAAAAUUGCCUGCAAAACUCGAGCAUGUUGGCAUCCUCGGAGAAGUGUCACUUUCAAAAGAAAAGCCCCUCGAUCAAAGAGCCAAUGAGAACAUUUUGAUUGCAGUCUAGAUAUGCCACUACACAACCAGCCGUCUGGUUGUUACCAGAUCUCCGCGCAUCAAGGAUGUGUUGCAUAGAGCAAUUUCUCAUUGCUUUAUCAAGGAUACCCGGUUCGUGAGUAGGUUGAGAUUGGUUCUUUUUCCUUUCCAAUUUUCUCUCACUCAAUUGACCUCUCUCAUAUUUGUUUCUUGCUUCAUACUCGUAACUCGUAUAAUGUCAACUCUGGAUACCGAACAUUUCAGUCCGUACCGUGCGGACGGGAAGCUUGUGAGUUGAUGGAAAAUUAGUGUUGAAAACGCGAUGAGGCAACCAGGAACUGACAGAAUACUAUCUAGUAUGGCUUCGUGUGUGUAAUCACGGGUGCUCAGCAACCUGUUGGUCAAGCAAUCAUACAAGAAUUAGCUGGUUCGUCGAAUUCGUCCUGCUCAAACGGGUUCUGUCUUAUGUUUCCUCCGCUAGGGGUCGACUAAGGUUCAAGCGCUAAUGCUAUGUAGCUCAUGGUGCGGCCUGUAUUUAUGGUAUACUCGAACAUCCAUCAAUAGCUAUUUACGUCCAUUUGUAGGAACUAAACACUGACCUGAGAUUCUUCGAAUAGCCUGUGACAAAGGUUCAACAGACGAUUACACCACUCUGAUCGAUACAGUAGCCAAAGAUCAUCCCAACAUCAAGCCAUCGGUUACCCAUUCAACAUAGCCAAAGAGGAAGAAACCCUCGGCCUGAUCGACGAUGUACUGAAUUCUUGGGGAAGACUCGAUGUAUGGGUGUGCUCUUCAGGAUCACUAGGACCCUCUUCAAUCGACGCCACCACACCCACAGAUCUCCAGAAAUGCUUCGAGGCAAACAGCAUGGCUCCGUUCUUUGCCUUGAAGUAUGCUCCUCCGGCAAUGACGAAAACUACCCCGAAACUGUCUUAUCCCAAUGCCGCGCCGAAAGACCAGAAGUAUGGGAGUAUCAUCGUGGUUAGUUCUGUUGCUAGUACUUAUGGAGGUAAGUUCCUGCUCGAAGACGUGAAGAUCUUUCGUAUUGACAUGUAUAGGCUGCUGGGGACCUGCAUUCACGAUGGCUUCCCAUGCUGCUCUGGGUGUUGUGAGGGCUGGAGUUGCAGUGCUGAAAGGAACGGGGAUAAGAAUCAAUUGCAUCUCUCCUGGUCAGAUUCAUGUAGGAGUUGAUCUACAUGGGGUAUAAACCUCGACCGAUGCUGCUAGUUUUUACACGCACUGACUGUGUCUAGUUUGAUAUGCGUGGCAUGGCUUCUCGAUUUCCUCCAGCCAGUUUGCAGACCAAAGAGGUGUGUACUUGCUGUCUGAUACUGUUUGUUACGCUAAGUAUUUCCAGAGCCAGAAAGCCCACAUAGGCUUAGAACCAGCCGGCCUGCCUAUUGAGGUAGGCAGAGUAGCUGGUUUUCUUGUGAGUGGAUUUAGUAGCUAUAUCACUGGUGCAAAUAUGGUCGUUGAUGAAGGGGCAAGGUAAGUGGAAACAUUCAUGUGGAGAAACUAUACUAAUCUUGAAAAGCGUGAUGAAUCCUUUGACAGUACCUAUUUGAAGUUAUUGUAAGUAUUCAGAUAUCUUGAAAUAGCAUUUGUGUCAGGCUGGCAUAUGUAAACCUACCUAUCUCUUCCCUUCCAUUCCCAUGUGAAUCGUCACUACCUACAGUAAGUGGCGGUAUUUUGCAAAGAAUCGUAUCUGAUAAAAGUGAUCCCAUUUUCGCUUCAGAUAGAACUCUACGUACCUAGGUAGAAGAUAACGAUCAAACUCACUCCACAUAACCAGAUUCCUAUCAAUCGAUACGAAUAUAAGAGUAUGCAAACAAUCGAUCGCGGGGUAUCCCAUCACUUCGGAACCGGCCGUGAUCGCCCAAACUCGGGUGGCCGUGAUCGCCGUAUGCAAACUUGCCCCUCCAUCCAUCCCUACCUACCUACCAGUACCUAGGUAUUCAAGAACUCUACAAUUCCCCUCCAACCCUCCAAUCCCCAACUUCCAACUCUUCUCUUUCCCACUCAACACCAUACCAAAGAAAACUCCACAAUGAGCACCCCCCAAACCCUCUCCUCCACCUCCCCCUCCGACGUCUCCUCCGCCUGCGAAACCCACUCCCUCACAGCCCACGAAUUCCACUCCCUCCACACUGGCUGCGUCGUCGCCAAAUCCACCGCCUACUGUCCCUACUCCCAAUUCCGGGUCGGCUGCACGCUCCUCACAGCCUCGGGCCAGUAUGUCAGCGGCGCGAACGUCGAGAACGCUGCGUACCCCGUGGGGACGUGUGCAGAGCGCGUGGCGUUUGGGAAGGCGGUUACGGAGGGGCAUCGAGAGGGGUUUCGCGCGGUGGCUGUGGCGACGGAUAUUAGUCCGCCGGCGAGUCCUUGUGGGAUGUGUAGACAGUUGUGAGUGCCCUAUCUCGCUGUGUGGAGGCGGAGAGGGAGAGGAGGAUUGAAGGGAUAGAGAGAUGAGGCUGAUGUGUGGGGUGUGGUGUAGUAUAAGGGAGUUUUGUGAUUUGAAGAUUCCGGUUUUUAUGUUUGAUAAGGAUGGGGCUUUUGUGGUUAUGAAGUUGGAAGAGGUUGGUUUUCUUUCCCUAAAUACCUUUUCGAAUCCUAAAACUGAUAAGCUUGCUUUGCAGUUACUCCCCCUCUCCUUCGGCCCCGAAGCUCUUCCUCCUCCAAGUACCCUUCUCUCAGCAAGGAGCUCUAGUUGACCCAAUGCGCCUCAAAUGCGGGUAUCAGCAAUGCCCUAGAGUUAUGAUUGAUGGUAGAGUCUUGGAAUACGGCGUUAGUAGGGUAGAGACACAAUUAGAGGUAGGGGUAGAGGUACACAUGUACCAGCAGAGCUAGCUGCUGUGCUGCUGGACCAACGGAACUGUCCUCCAUACAUAUGAUGGAGGUAACCCUCAUCAUUUGGGGCCAGACAGUAUUGAACUUGCAUUGGCAAGAGGUGAGUGGAGUAGUCUCGGGUACUCUUUCCCGCAUCUAUCUAAUGAGAAUUGUACUUUGAUAUCGUUGCUCGAGCUUAUUUGGCCAUAGAAACGGGCUCCCCUUGAGAGAUGCUUUCGGAUAUGAUAAUGGGCACAAAUCCACUUGGUAAAAUCUCCUAGCCAGAACGAUUUGUGCAACUCCGUUUCCUUGUUCAUUUUUGACGCUAUGGCCUGAAAAGAUAGUAGAAAGUCCUCACCCUGUUAAGAGGGUCGCCUGCGACGAAACUAGACAAGCUGAGUUUUCCAAAUUUGGAUAUGCAUACCUCUCACACGAUGUCCCCACUAAGGCAGGCAGGAAUGGCUGGCAUGAGGAGCCUUUCUCAGAGUCAUAGCUAAGGGUCUGGUGUUGUUACAUAGAAGGCCUAAGAAAUGAUUCAGAUCAAUAUCCUGAAAUGACCAUGCAUGUGGACUCUCAGUUUAGUUACAAAAUAGGUGAUGGCGCAAAUGUUUUUGGCAUCCCUUUGUUUCUUAGGAGCCUAGCAUAGAACGGUCUUCAGAAAUUUUCUCAUAUGAAGCUGAUAGUAACAUUCGCGAUUCUAUUUUCGCUUCUGGAUGGAAAGUGUUUGAUUACUUUUCAGGGACCUGGUUUUCAUGGUGAUUGUAUAGGAGU